AAUAACUUGCGAGCAACUCAGUUGGUUCUUGUUCUGUCUGUGAAAGACAAUCUCCAGUGGUUAUAACACAGGGAGAAGCAAUGCGAUAUUUUCGUUCUUUUGAAAGUUAUGCUCUUUUUCUGUUGUCGGAGGUCAUAUCAACAUGAAGUAUUACCCUUAUUGAGCAAAGCCACUGAUCAAAGUUGAAGCCGAUAUAUAUUGACGCAUUAGUUAGAGUUAUUCAGUGUGCAAUAAGUUUAAAAGCUUCAGCACACGAGGACAUCCAACAAUUUUGUUCUUAACUGCUCUUUGGUUUUUUCAAUCAUUCGCGUCUUUCAGAGUUAGCUUUGCUACGACGACAUCAUGUGUUACUACACAUGACUUCGCCGGGUCAGUUAUUGUUUUAUGACCCUAUCAAGUGUUUACGUUUUAAAUCAAUCGUAAGAAAUGUAUGCGACGAGGACUACUGACCACUUCAAAUGCAUUAGUUGACUAUCACAUAUGUCAUCUGUAACAGCAUAGUAAACGGUCGACUGCAUAAAAUAUCAACUCAUUCUAAUAAAAAUUAAAUUUUAAAGUUGCGGUGGAUUCUCCGGUACGUACCUUAAAAUUGUUAGCUUGAUUGGAAGCCAAACCUUAUGUUUAUUUACGUCCUACAAUUGUUGAAGAAAUGAAAAGAAGUAAACGCCAAUUGAAAUAGUAAUCAGUAGAGACUGCAUGUUACAGUAUCGUGUUUUUCUCCGCAGCUAUCAUCGCACUUGACAAUAUUACAAACCGAACACAAAGUUGACGCCUGAGUUCGCCAUGAAGAAUAAGUUGGUGUUGGUGACACUAAGCGUCCUUGCGUCACUGUUUGUUUUUUACACCCUAGUUCUUCUGUCAUCAUGGAAGUUGAUUCCGCGUUUAAAUCCAUAUACGAAUAUCGGUCCGGCAAAAAGGCAAACGAUUUUGCAGGGAUUUGACAAAGAACCACCACAACAACCAAAAACAGAAACAAAAAAAUUAUUCACCAAGCUUAAUAUCAAGAAAUCAACUAAACCAUCUGUUGAAACUAAGACACUCCACAAGAGGACUCCUCGAUCUAAUCUCAUUAUAUUGAGCCCAGGCAGAGGAGGAUCUUCAUUCUUAGGAGGAGUAUUUGAUGCUAAUCCUGAUAUCAUGUAUUGGUUUGAGCCGCUACACACUUUAUCCCGCGGCAUAUAUGAGCUCCAUUUGUACAAAGACAAAGAGAGAAAAAUUCAUUACAGCAAAACUGCUAUCAACCUAAUCAAUAGCUUUUUCAACUGCAGUUUCACUCAGAUCCCUAAAGACAUUAUGUCUGCAUUAUCUAAGAGCAUAUUUCGGAUGCGAAGUAAGUCACUGAGCAGUAGGCAUUUGUGUCCUACAAAAAACAAAACGAAAAAAUGUCUACCUUACUCAGUGAAACUACUUGGCAAUGUUUGUAACUCUUCCAGACAUACUGUUCUCAAGAUCUUGACGUCCCGUUUGCCGAAAAAUACACUUGAAAGUUUCCAAGGAAUUUUUCAGAAACAGAAAUAUAAAAUCAAACUUACUCACUUAGUACGGGAUCCUAGAGCUGUGAUUUAUUCUAUGCUUAAUUCAGUGCAAUGGAUAAAUAUAUCGAGCUUGUUAAAUCAAAGUUUCCAUGACGUUAUUAAUGGAGUUUGUAACUCCAUUGAAAAAAACAUAAAACUCGGUUUGUUUUCUCCCCCGUCAUGGCUAAAAAAUCGCUUUCAAGUGGUACGUUACGAAGAUUUUGUUGUUAAUACAACAAAAAUUGCUAAGGAUCUCUAUAAAUUUGCAGGAUUUGAUUGGUCGGUAAGUGUUGAUAAAUGGAUUGAAAAACAUCAGAAAAAACCGCACAAAAAUAAUGAAAGGGAUCCUUAUUCACUUUAUAGAAACGCUUCACUUGUUAUGAACAAAUGGAAAAAAGCUCCACUGAGCUUAAUUACAGCAGUAGAACAAGUCUGUGGUAAUUUAAUGGACAUGCUUGGCUACGAAAGAAUGAUUAAAUCAGAAGAAAAAAACUCUAUUAAUCGAAGCUCACUUGUAAUAACCUGAA